UUGAAAGUUACUGGGUAGUGGAGGGUGGGCACACAAACAGAGGUUAGGGGCGCACAGUGGUAGCUCACUAUCUAACUAAACUAAGACAUGUCCGCAGUGCUAGCAAGGCUGCUCUUCUACCCUACCUUAGCCUACAAUGUCGUAAUGGAGAAGGUGUCUUCGCGAAGGUGGUUUGACCGGGUGGACGAGACUGUGCUGCUGGGAGCUUUGCCUUUCAAAUCCAUGACCAAACAGCUGGUGGAAAUUGAAAAUGUUCGAGGCGUUAUCACCAUGAACGAGAUGUAUGAGACCAAGUACUUCUGCAAUUCGGCUGAGGAGUGGGAGGCUUCUGGGGCGGAACAGUUGAGGCUGAGCACAGUCGACAUCACCGGCGUUCCCAGUUUGGAGAACCUGCAUCGGGGUGUUGAGUUUGCGCUGCGACACAGAGAAAAGGGAAACAGCGUGUACGUCCACUGCAAGGCUGGACGCUCCCGCAGUGCCACGCUGGCUGCUGCAUAUCUCAUACGGCUGCACUGUGUGACGCCCGAAGAAGCGUGUCAGAAACUGGCGUCUAUCCGGCCCCACAUCCUGAUACGUGCUGCUCAGCUGGAAAUGCUGCGGAAAUAUCACCUGGCUGUGUGUGCACAGUCCCAUUAAGAGCACAGGGAAGUGUUUUUGAUGGCAUGAUGUGACUCAGAUUCGCCUUACUUGAACUCCCACCCCUUUCAUUUCACUGGACAGACCGUUAUUGCACAUUUACCAUAUUUUAAACUCUAGAAUGUCAAAAGUUUUACUUGGACUGGUCGCAUUUUAGUUGUUGGUCUACAACAAAACAGUUUGUGAAUGGUUUCGUUUCCUGUACUUGUUAUAUCAACCUUGUGCUGUGUAGAAAUGCAUUACAUUAGCAUGCAUGUAAGCACGUAUAUUUGUUUUAGCUGCUUCUGCGACUCUUCCCAAACCAGUUGGUCUACAACGUGCAUGUCGGUGUUGCAGAACUGCAUCUUAUAUUUCAUAAACAGCCAAAUAGCGUGUUUUUAGUUUUCUUACAUGUUUUUUUGUUGUAUACCUUGUCUGAAAAUACUGACACUCUUUGUUAAAUAAAAUAUUUAAAUCCU